AUGACCAUCGACGCCAAAAAGGCCGACGCUAGAAACAAGAAGCACAAGGGAUACGUGGACGGCUUCAUCGUUGAAAGGUGGGGUGGCUUCGCGGCGUUCAACAAGAGUGUGUCGGAGGCGUUCGCAGCUGCCCGCAUACAGCAGCUCUUCGUCGCCCGGAACGAGGCCGCCGUCGCAGGCCUCUCGGGGCUGCUGGCCCACGACAGCGGCACAGCGCGGGAGAGGGCAGUGGGCGCGCUGAGCACGUUGGCCGCCGAGAGCGGGCUCGGGCGGCCCAUCUGGGAGGCCCCGGGCGCCGGCCUCGCGCGGCUGCUGACCGACGACGGCGCCGGGGCGCGGGGGGCAGCGGCGCGCGCGCUCCAGCGCCUGGCCGCCGAGAGCGGGCUCCGGCGGCCCAUCUUGGAGGCCCCGGGCGCCGCGGCCAGCCUCGUGCGGCUGCUGACCGACGACGGCGCCGGGGCGCGGGAGGCGGCGGCGUUCGCGCUCCGGAAACUGGCCGCCGAGAGCGGGCUCCGGCGGCCCAUCUGGGAGGCCCCGGGCGCCGCGGCCGGCCUCGCGCGGCCGCUGACCGACGACGGCGCCGGGGCGCGGGAGGCAGCGGCGGCCGCGCUCCAGAACCUGGCCGCCGAGAGCGGGCUCCAGCGGCCCAUCUGGGAGGCCCCGGGCGCCGCGGCCGGCCUCGCGCGGCUGCUGACCGACGACGGCGCCGGGGCGCGGGAGGCGGCGGCGGGCGCGCUCUGGAGCCUGGCCGCCGAGAGCGGGCUCCGGCGGCCCAUCUGGGAGGCCCCGGGCGCCGCGGCUGGCCUCGUGCGGCCGUUGACCGACGACGGCGCCGGGGCGCGGGAGGCGGCGCGCGCGCUCGGGAGGCUGGCCAUCGAGAGCGGGCUCCGGCGGCCCAUCUGGGAGGCCCUGGGCGCCGCGACCGGCCUCGCGCGGCUGCUGACCGACGACGGCGCCGGGGCGCGGCAGGCGGCGGCGGGCGCGCUCUGGAGCCUGGCCGCCGAGAGCGGGCUCCGGCGGCCCAUCUGGGAGGCCCCGGGCGCCGCGGCCGGCCUCGUGCGGCUGCUGACCGACGACGGCGCCGGGGCGCGGGAGGCGGCGCGCGCGCUCGGGAGGCUGGCCAUCGAGAGCGGGCUCCGGAGGCCCAUGGGAGGCCCCGCGGGCGCCGCGACCGGCCUCGCGCGGCUGCUGACCGACGACGGCGCCUGGGCGCGGCAGGCGGCGGCGGGCGCGCUCUGGAACCUGGCCGCCGAGAGCGGGCUCCGGCGGCCCAUCUGGGAGGCCCCGGGCGCCGCGGCCGGCCUCGUGCGGCUGCUGACCGACGACGGCGCCGGGGCGCGGAAGGCGGCGGCGUUCGCGCUCCAGAACUUGGCCGCCGAGAGCGGGCUCCGUCGGCCCAUCUGGGAGGCCUCGGGCGCCGCGGCCGGCCUCGUGCGGCUGCUGACCGACGACGGCGCCGGGGCGCGGGAGGCGGCGGCGUUCGCGCUCUGGAAACUGGCCGCCGAGAGCGGGCUCCGGCGGCCCAUCUUGGAGGCCCCGGGCGCCGCGACCGGCUUCGCGGCGGCGGGCGCGCUCUGGAGCCUGGCCGCCGAGAGCGGGCGUGAGCGGCCCAUCUGGGAGGCCCCGGGCGCCGCGGCCGGCCUCGCGCGGCCGCCGACCGACGACGGCGCCAGGGCGCGGGGGGCGGCGGCGCGCGCGCUCGGGAGCCUGGCUUGUGAGAGCGGGCUCCGGCGGCCCAUCUGGGAGGCCCCGGGCGCCGCGGCCGGCCUCGCGCGGCUGCUGACCGACGACGGCGCCGGGGCGCGGGAGGCAGCGGCGGGCGCGCUCUGGAGCCUGGCCGCCGAGAGCGGGCUCCGGCAGCCCAUCUGGGAGGCCUCGGGCGCCGCGGCCGGCCUCGCGCGGCUGCUGACCGACGACGGCGCCGGGGCGCGGGAGGCCCCGGGCGCCGCGACCGGCCUCGCGCGGCUGCUGACCGACGCCGGCGCCGGGGCGCGGCAGGCAGCGGCGGCCGCGCUCUGGAACCUGGCCUGUGAGAGCGGGCUCCGGCGGCCCAUCUGGGCGGCCCCGGGCGCCGCGGCCGGCCUCGCGCGGCUGCUGACCGACGACGGCGCCGAGGCGCGGGAGGCAGCGGCGCGCGCGCUCCAGCGCCUGGCCGCCGAGAGCGGGCUCCGGCGGCCCAUCUGGGAGGCCCCGGGCGCCGCGGCCGGCCUCGCGCGGCUGCUGACCGACGACGGCGCCGGGGCGCGGGAGGCAGCGGCGGCCGCGCCCCAGAACCUGGCCUGUGAUAGCGGGCUCCGGCGCUCCAUCCAAGAGGCUCGUGGUGGCUCCGCCAUGAGCUGCUGGCCCUCGUGA